AUGGCCCAAAGCCAGAUCUGGAGGCCAAGGCCUGGGAGAGCAGGGCUCACAGCUCCACCUUCCUUCCUGCUUUUCUCUGCUCCCUUCUGCUUGCAGCCAAGGCAAUCUGAAAAAGCAAAGUCCCCCCUUCCAGUGACUGCAGCAGGAAACCAGGUGGAGUUUAAACCCGAGGGGAAAAUGAAUGCCACAAGCCAGAGGUUAGGAAGGGCCUUUGCUGUCUCUACCCCCCUGCAAGGCAGACCAGCACCCACUGCAGCUGGCGGCCCCCUGAAGCCAGAAUACGACGCAGUGAUCAUAGGAGCGGGACACAAUGGACUGAUUGCAGCAGCCUACCUGCAGAGGUUGGGGGUAAACACAGCUGUCCUAGAGAGACGUCACUUGAUUGGAGGCGCUGCUGUCACUGAAGAGCUCAUCCCAGGUUUUAAAUUCUCCCGAGCUUCUUACCUCCUCAGCCUUCUGCGGCCCCAGAUUUACAAAGACUUGGAGCUGAAGAAACAUGGACUGAAAGUAUACUUUCGCAACUCCUACUCCUUCACACCUAUGCUGGAAGAAGGAAUCCAAGGCAAACCCCCGAGGUCACUUUUACUAGGAACAGACAUGGCUGAAACCCAGAAGCAGAUUGCCCAAUUUUCUCCAAAGGAUGCUCAGGUUUUUCCCAAAUAUGAAAUGUUCAUGAAUCGUUUGGCAUCAGCUAUUGAUCCAUUGCUGGAUUCCUCCCCAGUGGACACAACUGCCUUUCAACAUGGAUCCCUGUAUCAGAGACUAAAGGCCCUCUUCACACUUAAACCCCUUUUACAAGCAGGUCUAAUUUUAGGAGCACAGCUUCCCCAGUAUUACCAAGUUAUCACUGGUCCAAUUACCAAGGUAUUAGAUGAAUGGUUUGAGUCUGAGCCCUUGAAAGCAACUCUUGCCACGGAUGCUGUAAUUGGAGCCAUGAUAAGUCCCUGUACUCCUGGAAGUGGGUAUGUGCUGCUACACCAUGUAAUGGGAGACCUGGAGGGGAAGAAAGGGGCCUGGGGCUAUGUAGAAGGUGGCAUGGGUGCCCUUUCUCAUGCUAUUGCGAAGGCAGCAGAAGCACAUGGAGCAAAUAUCUUCACAGAAAAGCCUGUAGAUAAGGUACAGGUGAACAGCAAUGGACGAAUCCAGGGAGUUGUCCUAAAGGAUGGAACUGAAGUGAGGAGCAAACUGGUGUUGUCCAACGCAUCUCCACAGAUCACUUUCCUGAAGCUGGCACCCCAGGAGCAUCUCCCUGAGGAGUUCAUCAAGAGAAUCUCUCGGUUGGACACCCAGUCACCAGUCACCAAGAUUAAUGUGGCUGUUGACAAGCUGCCCAACUUCCUGGCUAUACCAAAUGCCACCAAUGGUCGACCCCUGCCCCAUCACCAGUGUUCCAUCCACCUGAACUGUGAAGGUACCCAAGUCCUCCACCAGGCGUUCGAGGAUGCCACCAAAGGGAUCCCUUCUCACAGGCCCAUGAUUGAACUGUGUAUUCCAUCAUCACUGGACCCCACCCUGGCUCCACCUGGCUGCCAUGUUAUCUCACUCUUCACUCAGUACACUCCCUACACCAUGACAGGCGGAAAGGUCUGGGAUGAGCAAGAGAAAAAUGCUUAUGCUGACAGAGUGUUUGAGUGCAUUGAGGCCUAUGCCCCAGGCUUCAAGAAAUCAGUGAUCGGCAGAGACAUCCUGACACCACCUGAUCUUGAGAGGGUCUUUGGACUUCCUGGGGGGAACAUAUUCCACGGAGCCAUGUCCCUGGAUCAGCUCUACUUUGCCCGACCGCUGCCGCCAUACUCCAACUACCGCUCCCCAAUCCAGGGUCUGUACCUCUGUGGCAGUGGCUCCCAUCCUGGAGGAGGUGUCAUGGGAGCAGCUGGACGCAAUGUAGCCCAAGUGGCCUUUGAAGAUUUCAAGAGCAUGUGAACCACAGACCUGUCUUAAGAAAGGGUUAUUGUGAAGGCCUGUAAGCCCCAGUCUACCCAUAAGCUCAACUUUACAAGACUUUCUCCUCUAAACUAAUAUACAUCUGGGUACUGGAGACCUUAUAGCAAAAGAAACCUAGGUUAGAAUCCCAUGUAUUAGAUUUACUUGCCUUUUGACCAUGAGCAAGAAUUACAAGCUUUCUGAGCCUUAAUCUUCUCAUCUGAUGAUAAUAAUUCCUGUAGCACCUACCUCACAAGAUUGUUGAGAGGAUUAAAUGCGAUUAUGUAUGUAAAAGUA